CCAUCGACUCUUUUUUGUACAUUUGAUAUUCGCAAUUUAUAUACAAUGUUACCACAACAAGAAGCAUUGAAUAUUCUGGUUGAAUUUCUUCAUGUACAUGGAUAUAGAAAAGUGAAAGGAAUUCCACUCGAUACAAUAAGAAAAUUAGCAUUUAUUGUACUCGAACAGAAUGUUUGCGUCUAUGAUAAAAAAAUUUACAAACAAGUGCUUGGUGGUGCGAUGGGAUCAUCAUUUACAUUAACAUUAGCCAAUAUAUUUAUGUGGAAAUGGCAAAAAGAACUUGCUCGUCGACAAGAUAUCACAGGUGAAUUUUAUGGCCGAUACAUCGAUGAUAUUUUUAUGACAUGGAAUAGAUCCGAAAAUGAUUUGAAGAAUUUAUUAAACGAUGCAAAUACUUGGCACCCCAAUAUAAAAUUAGAAUAUAAAAUUAGCAAAAGUCUUCCAUUUCUUGAUGUUGUUCUUACAAAUAAUAAUGGUAUGCUUUCAACAUCUGUCUAUCAUAAACCAGCAGCAGAACCUUAUGUUGUACCAUUUAUAUCUGAUCAUCCAAGACACACAUUCGUCAAUGUUAUACAAACAAGUCUUACUCGUGCUCUACGAAAUUCAUCAACAUUUGAAAUAUUCAACAACGAACGAAUCUAUAUUAAAUUAACUCUAUUGUACAACGGAUAUCCAUCGCCAUUCAUUGAGAAACGAUUUCAAAACUUUUUUUCUGAAUAUAUAAAUUCGUCAUCAUUUUUACCGUUUCUUGAUAAUGAAACUCAAUUUGUAACUAUGCGUAAUAAGAUACUUAAUCUACCCACUGCUCUUCAAUCACAAGUAUCGAUAAGUGCAGCAACCGCUGAUAUUGACAAUGACCAGACAGACGAACCACAGAACGAACCGACAGCAACAAACGCAACAACAACAGUUCAAGAACGAAACAAGAAAGAACAUACUCGUGCCAAUAAAUGA